CUAUAAAUCAUAAAUUAGCUACAUUACAUUUCAGAAAAUCACGUUUACAAUAACGUUAAUAAUAACAAAUUUAUUUUCUUUAUUAUUUUAUUUUGUAUAUCUACAAAUAUUUUGAAGUAGAUACCUGGUUUAAGGUCAAUGCCUCAUCUUAGCUAUAUCCAAAUGGGAUUAAUAUCGAAGGUUUAAUCCGAUUAGCGAUCCUUCAACUUCAUUGCUCAUUUGCACCUAAAUUUCCAGCUUCUGUUACACGUAUCCAAUCCAAGGUAAUAUUUGAAGAUGGCUGAUUACAAGACUUGUAUCCCAGUCCCAGUGAACCAGUGGAUCUUCCACACACCAUCCACCAACGGACCACAUCCAUUCAGAACUCCAGACUCUGAAAACUGCAAGAAUCCUCCCAUCUGCUACGAGUGUGUUGAAAACAUCAGACCUGGUUUCUACGUCAUUUACACUGCCGAUGGACAAAGACUUGAAAUCGGAAACAAUCAGGUCGGACCAAGGACUCCCUGUUCACCAGCUCCAAGAAGUUCAUCAGUGAAGAACCGUCGUGAGGAACUCCGCCGAAAGUACGAGAACAGACAAGACGAGUGGAAUGCUGCUGAAGCUUUGCUAGACUUUAGCAGGGAAGUAAGAAUUUUGCCACCAAUCGACUUCGAUAGACUUCAGACAUCCACACCGAAAUUGCAAGGUACCAAAUCUAAAGCUGCUAAACGUUUGAGUUUUUAUUUCCCAGAAGAUAUGUUCACACCAGAGGCGAUGAUGUCAUCAGAUGAGAUUCUUUUGGAUGAACGGUAUGAUGAUAUUACAGAUUCAGAAGCUCCCGAAUGGGAUUCUGAAUAUUCCGCAGAAGAAGAGUCUGAUGCUUAUGAUGCCGAUGAUGAAGAAGGCGACUACGAAAGCGACGAAUAUGAAAAUGUCCCAUUUGAAGAUGAAUGUGAACAAGACGUAUCCAUGUAUGAUAGCAACUGCACCGAAGGGGAAUUGGUAUUUGACGAAGUUGUCGAAGAAGAAAUAGUUGAAUGCACCGAACCAUUUCCAGUGUAUAUGAAUGGAGAUGUAUAUGGAGGAGACGUCAUCGACAUAAAGCGUGCUUACAACGAAAGCCUUUCUUCCCAAAUAAUUUCAAUUCUUAAUAAUCUGUAA